CACUCCACCACGCCUUCUAUACCCACGCACUCUCGCAUCCUCGGAUCCCAGAAUCGGACAAACCCAGCAGUUGACUCUAUCGCGAAAAUUGGGCAUCCAUUGAACGCUUCAAACCACCGCCGCAACCAUGUCCGACCCGUUACUCUUCGAAGAUACCUUCACGAUCACCGCCAUCAACUCGCAGAAAUAUGACCGCGUCUCGCGUCUGAGCUGCAACUCCACCGACAACUUCACUCACUUCACCCUCGAUGUGAACUCCGAGCUCUACCCCUGUGCGGUCGGUGAAUCCGUCUCCAUGGCCCUGGCCUCGACGCUCUCUCUGGAUGGCAAGGACGAUUCUGGAUCGAAGGGCUGGAGGGAGGUUGGAAUGGGCGAGCAGACCCUGGCCAAUGACUACGACUACGUCUGCCACGGAAAGGUCUACCGCUUCGAGGAGGGUUCCAGCCAGGGAAACAUGGCCGUUUUCAUCUCCUUCGGUGGACUGUUGCUUUACCUGGAAGGUCCUUACAAGAAGCUGGCGCCCCUGAGAAUCGACUACGUGUAUCUGCUCCUGAAGAAAUAGAGGAAUUCCGCGAACCGUCAAAUUUUUGUCUCCAGAAGUAUGGAAUCUCCCGGAUAGUCAGAAAAGUCUGUUUGCAUUGAUUGGGGUACUUGAUUGCAGCGCCGGCGUUUGAUUGGUGAUUGGGUAUAUCAAAUAGAACAUUAAACAUUUCUCUACAACAAUGGUCUGAUUCAUAUCUCGAGUCAGUUGUAGCUC